AUGGAAUUCAAAUUCGAUAUAAAAGAUCUGGCUGAAGGAGGAAUCGCGAAAAUUGAUCAUACAUUAACACCACUUGGCUGCGAAGAGGAUGAAAACUUACAAAGGAAAGUUGCAAUGAUUAUUGACGAAAUGGGUAAAGCAUCUGCUAGAGCACAGGAUUUAAAAAUGCCUAUAACAACUGCAGAAAAGUUAUCAAAAUCUGAUCAUAUAAUCUAUUUAUUGUCAGAACAAACAAAUGAAGAGACAUUUGUUAUUGUUGGAAUUUUGAAAAUGGGAUGGAAAAAAUUAUAUCUUUUUGACAAAAAAGGUUCACGUUCUGAAGCUAUGGUAUAUUGUUUACUUGACUUUUACAUUCAUGAAACUAGACAACGUCAAGGAUAUGGAAAUAAACUAGUUGAACACAUGUUAAAGGACAACGAGUUAGAAGCUAAACAAUUAGCUAUAGAUAAACCUUCAAAAAAAAUGUUGCAAUUCAUGCAAAAACAUUAUUCACUUAAAAAGUUAGUCGAUCAAGGGAAUAAUUUUGUAAUAUUUGAAGAGUUUUUUGAUACUCCAGGAUUAACACAACUAAAAGAUAAAUUUGACAGCACAAGUGGAUACAGAAACAAACCUACAUAUGGACGCCAUGCUGCUAAUAAACACAAUGACUCCAUGUCUGAUAUAUUACAUGGGGCUGGUAGUGCAACUCGAUUGAAUGACAAAUACGUUGCUAAUGCUGAUAUCAUCAAUAAUAAAUUCAAGGAUAACAAACCAAAUCUUGUCACAGUUCUUCCUUCAGAAAAAGAUGUAAAUGACACAAUUAAUGGAAAAAAAGGUGCUCCACCAAAAUUGGAUCUCAAAUUUUAUCAUUCACAUUUGUGGUAA